AUGCUGGUCGCAGAUGUAGACAGAGAUGCGACGUUCCAGCUCAAGCUCACGAGAAAGCUGGACCAAUGGCACGCUUUUCACGAGAGAGCGACAAGAAGGCUUUCUGGUUCCGCGGAUGGCUCUGGGCCUUCAACAGACCAACCUGCCAACGUACACCCGCUGGAGGUUGACCAAUCCGAUGAUGCCACGUGUCCAUCCGAGCCAGCAGAGUCUUCUCAUGAUGCCGAAAUGCGGACAGAAGAAGCCAAGGCUCUGGCAGCAGAGGGUGUGGCGUGGGGAGCAGAGGGGGAAGCGCGGGCAGCAUCGGGUGAAGCGCGGGCGGCAAAGGGUGUAGCGCUGGCAGGAGCAACAGCACUUGAAACGCGAGAGGCCAAAGCAGCAGAAUCAGAGAAUGCAGCAGUCGCACCAAAACAGCUGGAAGCAGCAGCAGAUGCUCGAGGGGCUGCUUUGGAGGCAGCACUGCAGGUGCAAGGAGAGGAGCUAGAAGCAAAGGCAGUAGUGAUACAGGAGCUGCAGGUGAGAUUACACGCAGCAGAAACCAGAGAGGCGGGUUUGGAAGCUUCUCUGAAGCAGCAGCGAGAGGAGCUCGAGGCGAAAGCAGCAGUGGCGUUGGCAGCACGAGCAGCAGAAGCAGCAGAGCUGCAGGAGCGGUUAGACGAAGCAAUCUCCCGCGAGGCAGCUUUUGACGCGUCCCUGAAGCUGCAGCGAGAGGAGUUAGAAUCCAAGGCAGCAGAGGUGCAGGGCCUGCAGGAGCAACUACAGGAAGCAGGUGUUAGAGAGGCGGCUUUUGAUGCUUCUCUGAAGCUGCAGAGAGAGGAGUUAGAGGCGAAAGCAGCAGAGGCGUUGGCGGCACAGGCAGGGUUGGAGGAGAGGAGGCGGGUGAGGGCUGCAGAAGAGGCUGCUGCUCGGUUUGCGGAGGUGGAGGCGCGGUUGGGAGAGGUGGAGAGGGAGAGAGAACGGUUGGCACGGAAUCUGAGCCGGCUGCAGCAACACCUGCUGGAUCGGGAUGCUGAUGAUGCACUGCGAUUGGAGCGAGAGGCUGAGAGGAUCCGCCAUCUGGAGUGCCAGCUGGCGGAUAAGGGAAAGGCACUCGGCCAAUCAGAGUGCGAGAGGGUCGUAUUGGAACGACAGCUGGCGGAUAAGGCAAGCCAGCUCAGCCAAUCGGAACGGCGGAGAACGCAGCUGGACCAGCAGCUGGAGGAGAGGAGCAGGGAGGUUCGGGAGGCUCGGAUUCAGCUGGCUCGGCUGCAGGCUCGGACCGAGCCUGGUGGACAGGCGAGGCAGGAAGCACAGGCGUUAUGCUGGCAGCGGCAGGCUCAGCUGGAGGAGGCGUUAUCUGAGGUGGCAGCAGGGAGGAGGGAGAGGGGGGCUCUAGAGGAGGAGCUACUUCGCCUGCAGUGUGCUCUGGACCAGUGUAUGCUGCGACUCAAUAGCGAUUCUGCUUAUAUGGUGGACAGGAGAAUUGUGGUGAAGCUGCUAGUGGCGUAUUUUCAACGCAACCGCAGCAGAGAGGUGCUUGACAUCAUGUGUCGCAUUCUUGAAUGCUCCAAGGACGAGAGGCAGCAGCUAGAGCUGGCAGCUUCGCACCCCGCUCUCACCAGAAGUGCCAGUUUCAAAUCCAAGGGGAGCGUGCGGCAGGGCAGCAGCAAGGGCAGCAAAGGAGGAGUUUUCGGGCUGCCCGGACGGAUUGCGGGCGGGUUUUUGGGGUCAAAUAGGAGCGUUUCGGAGAAUCUGGGAGAGCCUGGGAGGGAUUCUCAUGGGCAGCACGAGGCAGAAAGAAAGCCAGAAGCAAGAAAAGCAGGGUCCCUCACUGACCUCUGGGUCUCCAUCCCAUCAACAGCAGCACAUGUACCAACAGCAGCAGGCGAGACACACCCGAUCACCCUCUUAUCCCCCAAGAUCUCCCCCCUACCCGCCGCGAUCCCCGUCGUAUCCUCCUAG